AUGUCUUCAAUAUCCUCAUUCCAAGGCAGUAUGAGAGAAACAACACAAAUGCAACAAGCGAGAACAUCCCCACAGGACUCGAGUAGAGAUGAAAAAGUGCCUAACUGCAAGCACUUUGAGUCUGUUGGUGAUUAUAUCCUGAUAGGUGACCAGGCUUUCAAGAAAAGCGAUUUCGCAAACACCUUCAGGGAAGACUCAGGCCGCAAUAUGCACGAAGAGCAACCAAGACAGCCUGGUUUCGCCAAUCCACUUCCACUCGGAUUGGCCUCUUUCUCGUUCAUGUGCCUAACUUUAGGUUUGGUAAAUGCAAGGGUGCGCGGGGUCACUAAUCUGUACCUGUUGAAUGCGUCUUUUAUUUUUGGUGGUGCUGUUGUUCUGCUUUCAGGUCUUCUCUCCUUCUGUGUCGGAGAUACAUUUUGUAUGACGGUCUUUGGCUCAUUUGGGGGAUUUUGGAUUAGCUGGGGCUGCCUCAACCUCGAGCAAUUCGGCGUGGCUAAAGCAUAUGCAGAUGAUCCUCAGGCGCUGCAAAAUGUACUGGGAUUUUACCUUGCCGGAUGGACCGUAUUCAAUUUCUUGGUCAUGGUGUGCUCCAUGAAGAGUACUUGGGGCAUAUUUCUAUUGUUGCUUUUCCUAGACUUGACGUUUUUGAUGUUGUGUAUCGGCUCUUUCACACAAAGCGUCAAUGUAUCCAUGGCAGGAGGAUACUUUGGUAUAUUGAGCAGCUGUUGCGGCUGGUAUUCCUUAUACUGCUCAAUUGCUAAUAAGGAUAGUUCCUACGUUCCUUUGAUCGCAUAUCCGAUGCCUGGUUCUCACAUAGUAUAA